AUGGUCUCUCCUCAGAUUACAAACCUGGCCAUCAUCUUGGUGAUGAUGCAGCUGGCCAAGAAGGUGCCUUUCGAGGACCCCGACGUCCUGAUGCUGGUGCGCGGCCUUUACGUUCUGUCCAACGUCCUGAUCCUGGGUCUCUAUCUCUACACCCAGUCCAAGAUCAGCAGCAAAAAGGACAUGACGACCCUGAAGUACGUCGAGCCCGCCCCCAUGGGUACCGGCGAGGAGGCCAAGCCUGUCACCACCACCAACAUGGACUAUGACAAGUCGCAGCUGCGCCAGUUAAUGCGCAGCCAGCUGAUGGGUGUUGGCAUGAUGGGUGUGAUGCACCUGUACAUGAAGUACACCAACCCGCUGCUCAUCCAGUCCAUCAUUCCGCUGAAGGGUGCCUUUGAGUCCAACCUGGUCAAGAUUCAUGUCUUCGGCAAACCCGCCACCGGAGACCUCGCCCGUCCCUUCAAGAACGCCGGCGGCUUCAUGUCCCAGGGUCAGCCCAAGAGCGACAAGGCUUCCAUCGAGAACGCCGAGAAGAACUACCGUGGCGGCGUUAAGGAGGAGUAA